UCCCCCCUCCUGCUCCUCGCACCCCUCAGCCCCUACACUCCGCUCUUCCCCGGCACUGAUUGUCACACAUUGUUUACUACGGCUUGAAAUGUGACUCACAACACAGGCUAUCUGCUGGAGUACCGCUCUGACAACUGAGGGAUUCCUUUGACGCGCGCCGUGCGUGUUGGUUAUUUGGGGACAAGCUGUGGAGACUACCCUUCUGCCAUGACAGUGGAUUUGCUUGCGCUUUUAUGCGUGCUGGUCAUCACAUCUUCUGCGAUGGAAGAAACCGUGAUGGACACUCGGGUGGCCACAGCUGAACUAGGCUGGACAGCAUAUCCUAAUUCUGGGUGGGAGGAGGUGAGUGGCUAUGAUGAAAACCUCAACACCAUCAGGACCUACCAGGUGUGUAAUGUCUUCGAGCCCAGUCAAAACAACUGGCUCCUCACCACCUUCAUUGAUCGGCGUGGAGCACAGCGCAUCUACGUGGAGAUUCGAUUCACUGUGCGAGACUGCAGCUCCAUCCCCAACGUCCCUGGCUCCUGCAAGGAGACUUUUAAUCUCUACUACUAUGAAACUGAUGCUGUUAUUGCCACCAAAGGCACCGCCUUCUGGAUGGAGGCCCCUUACCUUAAGGUGGACACCAUAGCUGCUGAUGAAAGCUUCUCACAGGUGGACUUUGGAGGACGCCUGAUGAAGGUCAACACAGAGGUGCGGAGCUUUGGUCCACUGUCUAAAAAUGGCUUCUACCUGGCCUUUCAGGACUAUGGUGCCUGCAUGUCUUUGCUGUCAGUCAGGGUCUUUUAUAAGAAGUGCCCGAGUGUGGUCCAGAACUUUGCAAUCUUUCCAGAGACCAUGACAGGAGCUGAAAGCACCUCCCUGGUCAUUGCCCGAGGGAUCUGCAUUCCUAAUUCAGAGGAAGUUGACGUCCCAAUAAAGCUCUACUGCAACGGAGACGGAGAGUGGAUGGUUCCUAUCGGCAGCUGCACAUGCAAGGCUGGGUUUGAACCUGACAAUGGCAACGUAUGCCGAGCAUGCCCACCGGGUACCUUCAAGUCAACCCAGGGUCCAGGUCUGUGUCUACAGUGCCCUCCUAACAGCCGUUCCACAGCUGAGGCUGCCACCAUAUGUGUGUGCCGCAAUGGCUACUACCGUGGUGAUGCUGAUCAGCCGGAUGAACCCUGCACAAGUGUCCCAUCCAGCCCAAGGAAUGUGAUCUCCAUUGUGAAUGAAACCUCUGUGAUCCUGGAGUGGCAUUCUCCCAGGGAGACGGGCGGCCGUGAUGAUGUUGUUUACAACAUAGUGUGCAAGAAGUGCCGGGCUGACCGGCGCUCCUGCUCCCACUGUGACGACAACGUUGAUUUCAUCCCUCGACAGCUGGGUCUGACUGAGACCAGGGUGUUCAUCAGCAACCUGUGGGCUCACACUCUCUACAGCUUCGAGAUACAGGCAGUCAACGGAGUCAGCAAUAAGAGCCCGUAUCCCGCACAGCAUGUCUCCAUUGACAUCACCACCAACCAGGCUGCCCCUUCCAUAGUUCCCAUCAUGCACCAGAUCAGCUCCACCAUGAAUAGCUUCACACUAUCAUGGCCACAACCGGAACAGCCUAAUGGUAUCAUUCUGGACUAUGAGCUGCGCUAUUACGAGAAGGACCAUGCAGAGAUUAACUCCACCAUCCUGCGGAGCCAAACUAACACUGCACGCGUCGAGGGCCUCCGGCCGGGUACAGUGUACGUUGUACAGGUGCGGGCACGGACUGUGGCUGGCUUUGGCAAAUACAGCAGCAAGAUGUGCUUCCAAACCCUCACAGAUGAUGACUUCAAGUCGGAGCUGAGGGAACAGCUUCCUCUGAUUGCAGGGUCAGCGGCAGCAGGAGUGGUCUUCAUUGUUUCCCUUGUUGCUAUCUCCAUUGUGUGCAGCAGGAAAAGGGCAUACACCAAGGAAGCAGUGUACAGCGAUAAGCUGCAACAUUACAGCACAGGAAGAGGCAUUAUAUGUGGCCAUCUAAUUGAAAAAGAACUCUCUUUGAGAGCCGACAUGUCUAACUGCCCCUCCCCACUGGGCUGCCCGACCCACUUCUCAGGCUCCCCGGGGAUGAAGAUCUACAUUGACCCCUUUACCUACGAAGACCCCAAUGAAGCUGUCCGCGAAUUCGCCAAGGAGAUCGACGUCUCCACUGUCAAGAUCGAGGAGGUCAUCGGUGCAGGUGAAUUUGGGGAAGUGUACAAGGGCCGUUUGAAGCUGCCUGGUAAGAGGGAGAUCUAUGUAGCCAUCAAAACCCUGAAGGCAGGCUACGUGGAGAAGCAGAGGCGAGACUUCCUGUCUGAGGCGUCAAUCAUGGGCCAGUUUGACCACCCAAACAUAAUCCGUCUGGAGGGAGUUGUCACAAAGAGCCGUCCAGUCAUGAUUGUCACAGAGUUUAUGGAGAAUGGUGCCCUCGACUCAUUCCUCAGGCAAAAUGAUGGUCAGUUCACAGUGAUCCAGCUGGUUGGAAUGAUGCGUGGGAUCUCAGCCGGGAUGAAAUAUCUCUCAGAAAUGAACUAUGUGCACCGUGACCUGGCUGCACGCAACAUUCUAGUCAACAGCAACUUGGUGUGUAAAGUGUCUGAUUUCGGCUUGUCACGCUACCUGCAGGAUGACACCUCUGAUCCCAGCUAUACCAGCUCUCUGGGUGGUAAGAUCCCAGUGAGGUGGACAGCACCAGAGGCCAUCGCUUACAGAAAGUUCACCUCGGCCAGUGAUGUGUGGAGCUAUGGCAUCGUUAUGUGGGAAGUGAUGUCAUUUGGAGAGAGGCCAUACUGGGACAUGUCCAACCAGGAUGUUAUUAAUGCUAUUGAACAGGAUUACCGCCUGCCGCCACCCAUGGACUGUCCCAGCGCCCUGCACCAGUUGAUGCUGGACUGUUGGCAGAAGGACCGCAACGUACGACCCCGCUUCACCGACAUCGUCAGUACCCUGGACAAGAUGAUCCGUAACCCAACCAGCCUCAAAGCUGUAGCCAACAUCCCUUCAGUGCCUUCUCAGCCACUGUUGGACAGAUCCAUACCUGACUUUAACACCUUCAGCUCAGUAGAGGACUGGCUCGCUGCCAUCAAGAUGAACCAGUACAGAGACAACUUCCUCAACUCAGGCUUUACCUCUCUGCAGCUGGUGGCUCAAAUGACCUCAGAGGACUUGCUGAGAAUAGGAGUGACCCUGGCAGGCCACCAGAAGAAGAUCCUCAGUAAUAUCCAGUCCAUGAGGGUGCAGAUGAGCCAGUCACCCACGACCAUGGCAUGACUACAGGGGGCGCUGUACCACGGAACGGGCAGCAUUCGCAGGACCAACAACAAUGGCAGCCCUCGAAUGACCCCCGAUCCAUCGGAACGCGCCAGAGUCGAGACUAUUGUCUUAAUCUAAUCCACUACCGUGACAACAGGAGACCAGGGUCUACUCUACCACAUGGUUAACAGCUACUACACUUCAUGCAAUCCACAUCAGGAGUUCAGGGUCCAGACUUGAUACUGUUUCUCUAUUUAUCCACAAAAGGAAGACAGACGUUAUUAGCUGUGGUUAUGAACUGCCAUUCGUGUCAUUGUAAACCAAAAUAACUCCAACAAUCAAACAUCAACACAGGGAAUAUCUCACAAUUCCAGACUGUAUGGUAAAAUGAGUGAUAUUGUACUUCUAUAUUAUCUGGACUAGAAGAUGUUAAAAAUUGUAAACAGAAGUGUGAGACAUGUAGAAACAACGUGUGACCUGUGAUUUUACCCAUACCGUCGUCAACGUGUGCAAUGAAGAUGCCUUGACCUGGCCAGAAAUAAGUCCCAGAAGAAAAAGCAAUUACUAGUAGGAAUUAUUAGAGAGAGAAGAAUACAGGGAUGUACAGUGGAGCACCAUCUUCAACUUUCACAUCAUCUUUUGCUUGUUUAAAGAAUUUGAAAAAUGUAUCGUAAAUGAACUGGUGAAAAUUCAGAGCUUAGUUAUAUUUUUGUCUUUUACCAUCUGUUUGUUUUAUCACUAUAGCAAGAUGCCGCCCACUCAUAUUUUAACUUUAACACUACCUGUGGAGUUCUGGGUGGAAGGCCUUGCCAAAGGACUUCUCAACCAGCCCCACCCAGAUUCAGAGAAUAUAAAUGUUUAUCUCUUGUUAAAUAUGAUUAUAUCUUUCAUAAUAAACCUUCAUAUUGAAGGUGAUAUGUAUGAAUAUUUAUGUACAGAACUCUCUGCUUGCAUUUUUGGCAAAGACAUGUUUGUUGACUAGAUUGUGAUAGGCACAUGCAAUGUAUAGAUUCCUACAGUCCCCUGGUUCCCUUUGGAUGACUCAACAAUGGACACUGGGUUUGUACGUCUCCUCGAUCCAGGGGCACAAGGACAAUCCUCACUGAAUCUUUACUUGAGGAAUAUGUAAAAGGAAUCAUGGGCAAAGAAUUGGUAUUGUAGAUCUACAUGAACAUUGCUGUAGGAGUUAAAAUAAUUGACAAAAUAUCCAUAUAUUGGAGAUCAUGUUAAAUGUGGGUGUACACAUGCUGUCUCUUGCUGGUGAGCCCUUACUUGUACAGAUAUGUUUUAUGUUUUUAUUUCUUUUUGAUCUGUUGUUUUUUGUGUGGGAGUGCUCAGCACCAUCCAGAGGGGAUGGAAACUUCACACCUUGGCCGGCCCAAAACCACGACUGUGAACUCAAAGAUUUACACACAUAAAACAGCAUACACACAACACUUCAUGUCCACACAUUCAUAUGCACACACCGACAGUAAACACACUGAAGAACUGCAGUGGGCAGCCAAUCAGGAGGGAAAACCAGGUGAAAAUGGACCUUUACCAAGGAUACCAGUCACAACCUCCAUCUAUGGUACACAUUGGAUGGGGAAGCUGAUCGUGAGCGUGCACAUGUCAUUGUUUGUUUAUUUGUGUGUGCAAGAGUGAGAGAAUGUACUGUAUGUGUGAGUGUGUGUGUGCGCAUAGUAGCCACAUUUGUGUGUACAGACAUUUAUGUGUGCACAGGUACAUUGCUUAAGAGCGUGAACGGUUUCUUUUUUUUUUUUUUUUGUUGGUUUCUGUAUAGCUACCACUUGUAAAUUGUGACAAGUACGUGUCAAGAGUUUGUAAGCUGUAACUUUCUGAAAACUAUUGUACUAAAAUGCACUCAAUAAACGCCUUUGAAAACAA